CAUAACCUUCUCUCUCUCUCUCUCUCAUAAAACCCCCAUCUCUCUACAGCUUCUCAAGCAAAUAACUCUAGAGGUUCCUAGCUGCCCCGACCAUCCACUGUAUUUGGAGAAAGUUCUAGAAUCUCUCCAUCGGAGCGCGCUUGAUCUGCCUGCAGGUUGUGAACUCAUAGUUUGUGGUCAAGUGACCGUGUUACAAAUCUUAACCACCAAGCAAACAUGAGUGUGGUUGGUUUUGAUUUUGGAAAUGAGAGCUGUGUUGUUGCUGUUGCAAGGCAAAGAGGUAUUGAUGUAGUGCUUAAUGAUGAAUCGAAGCGGGAAACUCCUUCUCUUGUAUGCUUUGGAGACAAACAGCGUUUCCUAGGGACAGCAGGAGCCGCAUCAAGUUUGAUGAAUCCAAAAAAUACAAUAUCUCAAAUAAAGAGGCUGAUUGGACGCCAGUUUUCUGAUCCGGAGCUGCAGCGUGAUCUAAAGUCAUUGCCUUUCUCGGUGACUGAAGGGCCUGAUGGUUAUCCCUUAAUACAUGCUCGGUAUUUGGGAGAAAAUAAGGCGUUUACGCCUACUCAGGUAUUGGGAAUGCUGUUUUCCAAUUUGAAGAGCAUUGCAGAAAAGAACUUGAAUGGAGCAGCGGUUGUAGAUUGUUGCAUUGGAAUACCUGCUUAUUUCACUGAUCUACAGAGGAGGGCUGUGAUUGAUGCGGCCAAAAUUGCUGGUUUAAACCCUCUUCGUCUUAUUCACGAGACUACUGCUACUGCUCUGGCUUAUGGUAUAUAUAAGACUGAUCUACCAGAAAAUGAACCAAUGAACGUUGCUUUUGUUGAUGCGGGGCAUGCAAGUUUGCAAGUUUGUAUUGCUGCAUUCAAGAAAGGUCAGCUAAAAAUUUUGGCUCACUCUUUUGAUCGUUCACUGGGUGGAAGAGAUUUUGAUGAAGCUCUUUUCCAGCAUUUUGCUGCGAAAUUCAAGGAUGAAUAUAAGAUUGAUGUGUAUCAGAAUGCAAAGGCUUGUCUAAGGCUCCGUGCUGGUUGUGAAAAGUUGAAGAAGGUUCUCAGUGCUAACCCUGAAGCACCUCUGAACAUUGAAUGCUUGAUGGAUGAUAAAGAUGUAAGAGGAUUUAUUAAGAGAGAGGAGUUUGAACAAAUUAGCACCUCAGUUUUGGAGCGUGUGAAGAAGCCGCUGGAGAAGGCUCUAGCAGAUGCUGGACUGACUAUUCAGAAUAUACACUCAGUUGAAGUUGUGGGAUCAGGCUCUCGAGUCCCUGCUAUGAUUAAGAUUUUGACUGAAUUCUUUGGGAUGGAGCCCAGGCGUACAAUGAAUGCAAGUGAAUGUGUUGCGAAAGGCUGUGCAUUACAAUGUGCUAUUCUUAGUCCUACAUUCAAAGUUCGGGAAUUCCAGGUCAACGAGAGCUUCCCUUUCCCCAUUGCUCUGACAUGGAAAGCUCCUGCUGGAGAUACACAAAGCGGAGCAGGUGGUGAUAAUCUGCAGAGCAACAUUGUAUUCCCAAAGGGCAACCCAAUUCCUAGCGUGAAAGCUUUGACUUUCUAUAGGUCUGAGACCUUCACAUUAGAUGUACAAUAUUCUGAUGUCAGUGAGUUGCAAGCUCCAGCAAAGAUCAGCCAUUAUACAAUUGGGCCUUUUCAGUCCGCAAAUGGUGAGAAGGCAAAAUUGAAAGUCAAAGUGCGUCUUAAUCUUCAUGGUGUUGUGUCUGUCGAAUCGGCAACGCUACUUGAAGAAGAGGAAGUAGAGGUUCCAGUUGUUAAAGAGUCUGACAAAGAGCCAGCUAAGAUGGAGACUGAUGAGCUUCCUGCUGACCCUGCUCCACCAAGUUCUGCUGAUGUAAAUAUGCAGGACUCAACAACUGAAGUUCCUGCAGCUGAAAAUGGUGUGCCAGAGUCAGGAGAUAAGCCUGUUCAGAUGGAAACAGAUGUCAAGGUGGAGGCUCCGAAAAAGAAGGUUAACAAGAAAACUGUGCCAGUGUCAGAAGUUGUAUUUGGAGCUCUUUCUGCUCCAGAUGUGCAAAAAGCCGUGGAGAAGGAAUUCGAGAUGGCUUUGCAGGAUCGUGUCAUGGAGGAAACUAAAGACAAGAAGAAUGCUGUCGAGUCUUAUGUUUAUGAUAUGAGGAAUAAACUUCAUGAUAAGUAUCAUGAUUUUGUAACGGAGUCAGAGCGAGAGCAAUUGAUUGCUAGACUCCAGGGGGUAGAAGAUUGGUUAUAUGAGGACGGUGAAGAUGAAACCAAAGGUGUAUAUGUUGCCAAGCUGGAGGAGCUCAAGAAGCAAGGUGAUCCCAUAGAGGAGCGCUACAAGGAGCACACGGAGAGGGGAUCUGUGAUUGAGCAAAUUGCUUAUUGCAUCAAUAGUUACAGGGAGGCUGCAGUGUCCACUGAUCCCAAGUUUGACCAUAUUGAUGUAGUGGAGAAGCAAAAGGUUUUGAAUGAAUGUGUGGGAGCUGAAGCUUGGUUGAGAGAGAAAAAACAGCAACAAGACUCACUUCCAAAACACGCCAACCCAGUUUUACUGUCUGCGGACGUGAAGAAAAAGGCUGAAGCCCUUGAUAGGUUUUGCCGACCUAUAAUGACGAAGCCAAAGCCAAAGCCAGCAAAACCAGCCACUCCUGAGCCAACCUCUCCAGCUCCAUCCCAAGGCAGCGAGUCUCAACCUCAAGGGGCUGGUUCCAGCCCUGGCCAAAACACGGAAGCAGGGGCUGGACAAGAAGUGCCACCAGACGCUGCAGAGCCCAUGGAGACGGACAAACCAGAGGGUUCUUAAAAUGUGUGAUGGCAGUUAUACCUAUAUUAAGUUGCAGCAUACUCGAGUCCUUUUGUACGACUAGCAGAACCUGGAUUUGGGACUUAUGAUCACUAUCAAAUGUUUGAUGAUGCGAUCGUUUCUCCACAUGUUUCGGCAGGUGACCGAUGAUAUUUUAUUUAUAGGUGGUUCUUUAUAAUCCUGUUUUUGAGAAAGGGUUUAUAACAGACAACCUAGUGACUGUCCAUCAUUUCAUUUUCGAUCAUUGGAAACGACAAUCACCCCAAGAUAAUGGUGAGUUCGAAUUUCAAAUUGUCUUUUUGUGUAUGCAGAUUUUGCCUUAUUUUGAUAAUGAAUUUUGGGUUUGAUCAA